CAAACCAUGGACUUAGUUUGAUCUGCCUUUCUCUUCCGCUUUCUUUCGGCCUUAGCCGUGGGUGUUGCCUUAUGCCGCGAUCGCUAGGCGCAACAACCCCUUAAAAAUCCUGGAGGAGGAAGAGGAAGAGGCCGGGGUGAUGUAUUUCCGAAUACAUAAAUAGUAUAUAGAACAACCUCCUGUUAAAGAACUCCUCUGUGAUGCAAAUUAGGCUGAGACAUCAUGACUGCUCGAAGCACCUGACGAUUUCCUCUGGUAUUAGGAGAGCCCCUUAACUGUUGUGCUGCAUGGGAAAAGAAAGCUAAUCUCACACCCCGCACAUUGCUCCAAAGGUCUCCAGUGGUUAGAAUAUCUUCAAGUUUAUCAGAUUCAAUCUAAUCCAAAUUUGAGGUAAACUGAAGAAAUGAUGCCUACGCCAAAGACCAAGCCACACUUGUUCAGCUUAAAGGGAUUUUUCUGGCUUUGUCUCUUUGAGCUUCUGCAUAGUAAUUCAGGUACUCUCAGUCAAGAAUUAAGAGUUGUAGUCCAAGCAGGAGAUGAAGCCAGGCUUCCUUGCGGUUACAAAAUCCCUAGAGGCAUACCUCUAGAAUCUUACUACAUCUACUGGCAAAAGCCUAUCCAUGGUAAACCAGACAUAGUUGUGAUUUCAUACAAGAAUGGUAAAGAAGUUGAAUUGGAAAAGGACCCAUCUUACAAGAACAGAUCAAAGUUAGAUGAGCAGAAUCUUACACUUUCAAUCUCCUCGGUGACAGUAAAUGAUAGUGGAAAAUAUAGCUGUGUUGCCAUAUUGAAAAGUGACGCCAAAGAAACAUUUACCCAUUUAUCUGUGAUAGUUCCAUUUAGUACACCUAUCAUCCUGAACAAUUUGUCCAGUGAACGUUGUGAUCCAACAAAUUUGACACUGAUGUGUUUUUCUCAUGGAGGUUCUUCAAAGCCAAAGAUGUAUGGAUCUAUCAAUGAAAAUCCAGUGAAUUGGACUGUCACAAGCAACCAAAGAUUUGGUCAUUUUAAUAUUACCGGCAUCUUACAGUUUAACAUGACAGAAAAUAUAUUGAUCCGGUGCUCAGUUCAUUAUUUAGAUUUCCAAGUGUCAACCAACUAUAGCUUGAAUAUGACAAAGAACUGUUCUGAACCCAGAACUGAAUUGCCACCAUUGCCACCAUUGCCACCUUUUGGGAUCAUCAUUUCUUCAACAGUGAUCCUGAUUUUUGUUCUAGCCGUGGUAAUGUUGGUAAUACUCCAGUGCUAUGUUCACAAGCAUUCAAGGUCCUCCACCACACAUCAGUCACUGGCAACAGAUGAAAUGAUACUAGAGGAGCAAUCUAGCGGGAAGACAUCUUCAGGGCUGGGGAGAUCUCCACCCUGAUUUUGAGUUGCAGCUCCCAGACUUAUUUUGGUAAGAGAUUCUGAUACUGAACUGGGAUGAAGAAUUCUCUAAACAGAAUUUAAUGGUGACUAUAAACCACAAACAUAUUUGAAGAUUUCCUUUUACAUACAUGAAGAUGGGUGAUAACUUUGUAUGGACUUGGAAGCUAAUCAGGACUGCAUCUGAGAAAGUCUUGAAUGACAAGUUGUAGACAAAACUAUAUGAUAGUCCUGGUAGAAGAAGACACUGUUUUCAAAUUGGAAAACAAGUUUGGAAAACGGGGGGAGGGGGGGGGGAAUCAGUGCAAAUCAUAUUCAAACUGCUGCGAAGAAAACUGAGAUGUUUGUUACGCUGGGGUUUUGUCUGUCAUUAAUGCUAUGGUAUUGGUUUUUGUUUUUUUUACUAAAAAUAACCUGACUAUGUGAAUCCUUUUUGUAUGAACUCUUUUUUGUCUUUUUUAUAAAAGAUGGUAGGGAUGCUUGGUGUUAAUAACAAUUGGAGAAGUAUAUAAGCCCAACAAAAAAAUGAUUAAAAUGUUAUGUUUGUACUCAUAUAAUCACCAGAGUACAGCGCAACUUGGAAAACUUGUUUUUUAAAAAAAAUAAAAAAUCUUGUACUGUAAAGUAGUGCCCUGAAAAAAUCUACAAUUAGUCCAAAAGUCAUUAAUCUUUGUGAACUGAUCCUUGCAAAAUAGAAUUUUAGAGUAAUAAAAAGAUGUUCUCAUGUGUCCUAGUAAUUCCAUCCAUUUAAUAGCAGAAGUAUGCAGGCUAUUAAUAUUGUUAUGAAACUUGGUAAUUCCUAGGAAUUAUAGUAUGCCUACUAUGUAGGUAAAUGUAGCUUUAUAUUUGGGAAACUUCCCUUAAAUGGAACUUGAACAUGAAUAAUCCGGCUUAUUUAUCAUGGAAAGCUGAACAAUGUAAGAAAUUAUGUAACUUAACUUGGUGCUAUAAAAUAAUCUACAAUUAAUAAACAUGCAAUUUUUUUUAUAGAAGGCAGGGUUUAUACUUUUGAUCAACUAAUAAUGAAAACAUUUAAUUGUAUUUGCUUUCAUUUUAAAGAACAAAUAUUAUAUUCUGUUAGUGAUUAAACAAUUCAAUAUGGAUAGAAGACUGGGAAUAGUUAAAUGCAGCAUCAGUUUAACGUCCUUGCAUUGCCACGAGAGAUCCAAGUCCAGUUCCUGUUGAAUUCUGUUGACCCUUAUCUAGCACCAAUUUAGUGCUGACCAUUAAUUGACUAGAUUCUAGCAUAUAGAAUAAAUCUUCUACGAUGCAAUCUUAUGAAUGGUCUGAUUCUUUGUAUCUGUCAAAAUGCAGUUAAGUAGCUCAUUCCAAUGGAAAAUAGUAGCUGAAUAGGUUAAACAGAGCAACAGGAUAAAUAGAUAUUCCUAUUAGUCUAUAUUAUGGAAAGUAUUGUUGACAUCAAUUCUCAAACUAUAUACAAACCUUAGAUUACAUUUAAUGCAACAAAAAAUAUUUAAGAUCUACUGAAUUUCAUUGAAAUUUCAUCAUGGUGAAGAUUCCCUCAGAUUGUUCUAUUUAAAUGUUUGUACAGUAUCUUAUAACAAGUCAUUUUAGAAACAGUAAUUAACAUAUUAUUCAAUUUUGAGACAAGUUCUUUUCAACCGUAGUCUAUCAAAAUUGACAUUUAGACAAAGAAACUAGACACUGCCAUGCUGACAAUUUUGACUAUUUUUCUAACAUUACAAAAAUAAAUAUAUGCCCCCAACUAUGUAAUGGGCUGCAGAAAUGAUGUUAAUAACUUAAAAUACAUCAUCUACUAGCAUAAUUACACAUGAAUAAUUGCAAUGAAAUGCUUAUGUAUUAACUACUGCAUGUAUGUGUCAGUGUACAUUCUGUAUUUUUUUAAAAAAUUUUAAUAAUUGCGUCUAUUCAUUUUUUUUAAAUUUAAUUAAUAAAACCUAAAAAAGUUAUUUUAAAGCUGUAUUAUUAGGUAUUGCUGUAGCCACAGUUUACUGGUCAUCUGUAUAAUCAAUUUACUGCUGCUUUAAAUGUGUGCCUCAGGCUUAUGCAACAGGAUUUUAAUGAACUAAAAGAGUGUCUGGUAACAUACCUUGAUAUGCAAAACAAUUAGAAAAUACUAAACUGUCUUAGAUGGUAGAGAUUGAGUUAUCUAUAGACAUGGAUUACGAAGAGCCACCUGGUUUUCAGAAGAACUCCAGAAUAACACUAAAUAAAAAUGAAGAGUAAACUCAAAUGAACACAGGUAACAGACUUUACUAAUACCUAAUAAAGGGAGUGAACCGUUAUUUCUUUGUCCUUAACUUUUUUUUGCAGAAUGUCAACUAAUGCCUUAAUAUGGUAACCUAUUAUCCUCUGGGUAAGGAAUAGUUAUUGGAAUUUUUGCAGCACUGAUGUAAGGACUACUGUAGGCUGGAUAAAUUGCCUUGAAUUUGUUGGAAUGAGAUCUAUUAUUUAUCUUAGGCGUCAUAGGUUAUCAGUAGUAGCUGCUUUUCUAAUCCCUGUAUGCUACCCAGUCAUUGUUGUGAGAUGGUUGAUCAUAAAAAUCAUUUAAAUAAGCAGGAAGGAUAGAGAGAGAAUAUUAAAUUGAGAGAGGGAUAUGCUAAAAAGUAAAAAUGUGAACAUAAAUUACUUAAGACACUUAAAGUAUUAUUAUACUUUAAUUCAGGUGAGUUGUCACAAAUACCACAUUCCAGUUUCAUUUGAAAAUGGCUCUUGAUUUCACAUCUCAUUGUAGAUACUCUCUCAAAGGUUUUGCUUUUGAACAGUCAACUGUAUCACACAAUUUUCUUUUCAUUAAGCUUUUAUUCUUCCCUUUAUGAAUAGUCUCAUCCAA